CACAGGCAUCGGCUUCCCCUCGCCAUCCUCUUGUCCUCUUCCGUCGCGAUUCAUUCCCGGCAUUUAUAUAUUUUCCCCCUCGGAUGGUCUUUCUUCUGGCUCUAAACCGGAUUGGGGACUAAACAAGCCAACCAAGCAGGUCGAGCCUCGUGUUGAUUUGAGAGUCGGAAGAAGGGGAAGGAGGAAAAAACAAGAAAGAAAGAAAAAAAGAGGCAGAGAGACAGAGAGAAAGAGGGGAGUCCAACCCUUUGGUUUGGGAAAGAAGACCCGACUGUAGCCAAGCCCAGGGAGGAAAGAGCAGGAAUCGCUUUGGAACUAACCACUCCAGAGAAGAGGAGGAAAUUUUCGCCCUGUUUCAUCAUCCCCAGCCCUUCCUUGAAGCUCCAAGCCCAAAUGGGUCUGGGAAGGAAACCUUGGAUACCUUGCUUGGUUUUGGACUCCAAAGAAUCCUGCUUAACUCAAGGAAGUUGAACCAGGGUUGCCUUGCCUGCCUGCUGCAGAGUGGUUAGACUAGGGAGGAUUUAUUAGUGCUAUCAUCAUCAUCAUUGUUAUUCUCAGACCAGCAUCAGUUCUCAGGAUCAAUUCUGGUUCCUCAGCCUCACUGAUUUCCUUUGGACCAACUGCCUGUGGAUUUUAUAUGUGCUUCCAAAAAGAAGAGUGAAAGAAGGGAGGAAAAAGGAACAGCGUUCAUCUCGGCGGCUUUGGGUACUAUUUUAUGAAAUCUUUUUAAAGUGUACAUCUUUUGGAAACAAACACAAAAAGCAUCCUUGCUCUCCGGACCCGUAUCCAGCCAUCCGCGUGUGUCUUUGCACUGACUGCCAUGGGAAUGAAGAUGUCCUAGCUCCUGCCAGCAGCCCCUCCAGGUGUCUUUUUCUCUCUCCUUGCCCUGCACUCAAAAGCCUACCUUUAUGAGAUGGAAAAUCGAGGGCUGUUCGGUGCCCUUUGUUACCUGAUGCUUAAUGCCCCUUUGGUGUUCCUAGUGCAGGCAACAUUUACCGAAGUUCCUAAAGAUGUGACUGUUAGGGAGGGAGAUGAUAUUGAGAUGCCUUGUGCUUUCCGGGCCAGCGGAUCCACCUCUUACUCCUUGGAAAUCCAGUGGUGGUACCUUAAAGAACCGGCACGGGAGCUGGCCCACGAAUUAGCCGCCAGUGGCCCUGGCAGCAGAAGCAAGGUACCUAAUAAGGAUGCAACGAAGAUCAGUACGGUGCGCGUCCAGGGCAACGACAUCUCGCACCGGCUGCGCCUCUCGGGGCUUCGCCGGCAGGACGCGGGGCUCUACGAGUGCCGUGUCUCGGACUUCGGCGGCGAGGACACGGUGGAGCACCGCGCCCAGGCUCUGCUCCGCGUCCUGCCCCGCUUCGCCCCGCCCGACGUCCAGGCCGCCGAGGCCGUCUCCCACAUCCAGAGCAGCGGGCCCCGCAGGAGCGGAGGCGCCGGAGGAGGAGGAGGCGGUGGAGGGGGAUCCGGGAGCAGCAGCAGCAGCAGCGCCGCCUCGCCCGCCCGAGCCACCAACGCCCCCGGCCUGGGAGACAAGCGCCUCUUGCCCGCCCAGGGAGAAGCCGCAGCCUCCUCCUCCUCCCUGUCUUCGUCCUCUUCUUCCUCUUCGUCCUCCUCGUCCUCGUCUUCCUCCAGCACUACUACAGUCGCCGCCGCGGCCGCAGCCUCGUCGGGAAAAGCCGCCAUCCUCCGGCAGCAAGGAUCAGGUACAGAACCUAUUUAUGCUACAGAUCCAGUCCUCUGUUCAUUCCUGUUAAUGUUGCAUAAGCUUGUACACUUAUUAUUAAACCACUGAUGGACUUCUUUAUCCAAUAAAUCCUCAGCCAAACGAAAAAGGAAUCUAUUUAAAAACCAAGCGGAAAAAGAGAAAAGAACCCUCAACGAGAACUAUAAUCUUGAAGCCGGACAGAAUGAGAGAGCGAGAGAGAGAGAGAAAGAAAGACUGGAGAAGAAGCAUGACACAUUCUAUGGGGAGGGGUAAAGCAUAUUUUUGGGGACAUUAAGCAAAGGUCAGCCACCUGAAACAAUGCAUCUAGUUUCCAGAUUCUAUGGUAUUAAUGCCCUAUUCCACACAAGGUAGCUAUUAUUUUUCUCCUUUACUUUUCCCACAGUUUCUUCCUUUUCUGACACCUUUCCACCAACGAUUAAUUUUGCACGAACUGUUGAACAGUUGCUUUUAUGAUGAUAUGUAAAGAUGUCAGGGCGGGGAGACAAAGCUCUUCCACAGAAGAGCACUAUUUUUAGUAGAUUAUUGUGGUUAGGCUUUUUAUUUUUAUGAUGAUGAUGAUUAUUAUUUCCUCUCCCCUUCCCGCUCUUCUCUCUUCUUCUUCUUCUUUUUUUAAAAUUAAAUUAUUUCUUUUGAAAACAUUGGUUUUAAACAAAGGCACAUCGUAUCAUGAUGAAUAUUCACUGUCGAUAAUAUUUAUUUUUAAAUAAAAAACAGAAAAGAUUGGAAACAAGGUAAGACAUUUGUUUAUAAAAACUGUAUUGUAUAUUGCUGAAUAACAGUUGAAUUAAAAAAAAGAGAUUUUGAAAUAACGCUU